CCGGUCACGGCCCCCCGCCUUGCAGAGUGCUCCCCCAUCGGGAUGGAGUCCCACCGCAUCGAGGACGGCCAGAUCCUGGCCUCGUCCAUGCUGCGGCACGGCCUGGGCGCGCAGCGCGGGCGGCUCAACAUGCAGGCUGGCUCCAACGAGGACGAUUUCUUCGACGGCGCCUGGUGCGCUGAGGACGACACCCGGACCCACUGGAUCGAGGUGGACACCAGGAGAACCACGAAAUUCACGGGGGUCAUCACACAGGGCCGGGACUCCCAGAUCCAGUACGUACGGGUCCAGCCUGGGGGGGAUGGGCCAUGA